AUGAUCGUAAUAGAUUUUUUUCUUCUGUUGACCACCGAUUCCGUGUGGAGCUGCCCAGCUCGUGAACGAAGGUCGGAGAUUUAACUAUUUAUACGGGGUGUUGGCCGACGUAGGGCACAGUCAAGUCCAGCUCAAAGACAAGACAAGAUCUCACAAUGAACGGUUUGAUCAUCGCCUUAGCCACCCUCUCUGUCGCAUGCGCAGCCCCUAGCGGUCUGCUCAUCGGACAUGGAGGUCUUGGUCUUGGACACGGACUCGGUCUUGGAAUUGGACACGGAGCCGUUCUUGCCGGACCUGUAGCCCAUGGAGUAUCUGUAGUAGGACCUGCCACCCACGGCGCUGCUGUAGUCGGUCCAGUAGCUGGACAUGCUGCCGUAGUUGGACCCUCCACUCAUGGAGCUGCCGUAGUUGGACCAGUAGCUGGACCCGCCGCUGUUGUUGGACCUGUUGCUCAUGGUGCCGUCGUAGCUGGACCAGCUCUUGGUCUUGGCCUUGGUGUUGGACACUUAGGUGUUGCCCAUGGAGUAACCGUAGCUGGCCCCCCAACUGUCCCAGCCACCAUCGCUGGACCAGCUGGUGCCAUCCAUGCUGCCGGUCUCUGGGGACCCACCCUUGCCCAUGGUCAUGGUCAUGGUCAUUGGUAAAUAACGUGCCAUCUAUUAUCUACAAAUACCUGUGACUAAAUAAUCCUGAGAUGGUUUGAGGAGAAAAUCACCAAAAUAUGUUUACUAAAUCUAUUGUAAAUUAUGAUACAUACUAGAAUCGCUGUUAUGUAGAUUAGAUUUUCUUAUUCAAGAGACAUUUCAGGAUGUUUUUAGUGACUUUUGGUAACAUGUCUGAUUAACUUUAUGCUGUGACCUAUGAACUGCCUCUGGUUAUUAUACUUAUUGUAUAUUUGUACCAUAGUAUUUAUAACAUGAGCAACUGCGUUCAAUAAAGAACUUUUAUUACGUC